AUGGUUGCGUCCAUGGAUGAUACUUCCGCUCCUGCCACAUCCAAACAGAUGUCAAUUACUACCAAGAAAACUCGUCGUGUGGUCUCACUGCUCAUCGACAAUUAUGACUCGUAUACGUACAACAUCAUGCAGAUGUUGGCUCAAGUGAACGGUUUCUCGUCCAGCGUGACGGUGAUUAGGAACGACGAUUUCAAUGGCCAAUUUGCUGCUGCAUGGGACCAUUUUGUAGCUCAAACGAAUGCAAUUGCAACAGGUCAGGACGUGGAAGUGGUGCGCAACGUUAUCAUUUCUCCUGGCCCGGGUCACCCAGCAGAACCAAAAGACUUUGGCAUGUGUGCCGACGCCAUUCGUUCUGCUACGGUGCCAGUGCUGGGUGUGUGUUUGGGACACCAGGGUCUGGCUCAUGUCUAUGGAGGGAAAGUGAUGCAAGCGAGACAAGUCAUGCAUGGCCGCACCAGUCGGGUGUUCGUUGAAGGGGACAAGACGCUAUUCGCUUAUGUCCACAAUGGAUUCAAGGUAGUGCGAUACCAUUCGUUGGUCAUUGACCCGUUGAACGUGCCUGAGGAACUAGAGGUGAUUGCUUGGACGGAUGAUAAAGUUGUUAUGGCUGUACGUCAUCGAUCGAAGCUACAAUUUGGCGUCCAGUUCCAUCCAGAAGCGGUGUGCAGUGAGUUCGGCUACCAACUCUUCCAGAACUUUCGCGAUGUUACAUUGGGUCAAUGCGCCUCGAAGUGUGAGCUACAUCAUAACAACCACUUGGAGCAAGAGUAUAAGGUGCAGUUUGAGGACAAGCAGAAAGGUAUUCAGCAGACGCCGGGCUACCGUGUUCUGAUUAAGCGCGCUUCGAGUGAACUUGCAUCGUUAGAGUUAGCUGAGUUUGUGUUUGGAGAGUUGUUUGGAAAGUCGAAGAGGUCGUUCUGGCUUGACAGUAGCAGCCACGAUACGGUUGUAGGUACCGAUGCAGAAACUCAGUCACGGUGCUCAAUAAUGGGAGACGGCAGCGGACCCUUGAGCUACUGUGUAGAGUAUGACGUUGCUAAGGUAGGGCUGCGUGUCCGUCGAUGGCAGAUGAAUGCUGGCGACGAGCAAGUGGAGAUCUUGCCGGGGCAGCACAUCCUGACUCAUGUCCGAGAAGUGACACAAAAGUAUCAGUGUCACAACGUUACUUUUGAGGAUGCUGAACAUGAUCAGGAGGCAACUGCUGAACUUCCUUUUGCCUUCCGCGGCGGUUUUGUGGGCUAUUUUGGAUAUGAAGUACUGGGUAGCGAACAAGAGGGCAAGAAGCAAUUUAACGAGAACAACGAACAAGUAUGCGGGGAGCGUGCUCCAGAUGCUUCAUGUCUGUUUAUUGAUCGAGCAUUGGUAUUUGAUCAUCGUGAAGGUGAUAUCUACUCACUUUCACUGAGCGAGGCCAACGCCGAAAGUGAACACGUGAGCCAGGACUGGCACGAAACAAUCAAGAAGCAACUGAAGCGGCUCUGUGAGGAUUUUUGUCAAAAGACCGAUGCAUGUCCACCAUUUUCGUCGAAACUCACUGUUGGAAAGGAUGAAGUCAUUUUUCACCCGUCACGGACCCGAGAACAAUAUGUGGCUGACAUCGAGAAGAUUCAGCGCUUGAUUCGUAAAGGUGAGACCUACGAAGUAUGUCUGACUAACAACUUGCGUGCAGAUUACGCUCUGCGCGAUCCGUUAGCAUUCUAUCGUAUGCUGCGCCACAAAAAUCCAGCCCCGUUCGCCGGUUUCUAUUUGAGCAAUCCGAAGAAUCGCUUUCAGACUCCAGUCGAGCUCAAUGGAUCAGAAGGUGAUGUGGAUGUGGAGGAUACCUACGCAUUAUGCUGCUCUUCACCCGAGCGAUUUCUACGGUUGGGAGCCGACGGCUGGAUGGAGUCCAAGCCAAUUAAAGGGACACGUGGUCGCGGUCGUGAUCCUAGCGAAGAUGCCGCCAUUGCUGAAAAACUUAAAAACUGCGAGAAAGACCGAGCCGAGAAUAUGAUGAUCGCUGAUCUUGUGCGCAAUGACUUCGGCAUCGUAGCACGUAUCGGAUCGGUGCAUGUGCCGCGGUUGAUGAGUGUGGAGACGUAUGCUACUGUACACCAGCUCGUGACUACCAUUCGUGCUCAACGAAAGGAGGAUGUGGACGUAGUGGAUGUGUUGCGAGCUACUUUCCCUGGUGGAUCUAUGACUGGAGCGCCCAGGAAGCGCACGAUGCAUAUUAUUCGAGAGCUUGAACGUGCUCCGCGCGGUGUCUAUUCCGGAGGUCUAGGCUUCUUGUCGAUUGACGGUAGCUGUGAUUUGAACAUUAUCAUCCGCACAGCAAUCGCGACUCCGAACAGCGUGACGCUCGGUGCCGGUGGUGCUAUUGUGGCACUCUCAGAUAGUGACGAUGAGUAUGACGAAAUGUUGCUCAAAGCGCGAGCUCUAGUAGCUACGAUCGGUGCCUACGCCACGGGCAGGGAUGACGGCUCUGGUGCCCGCGUGGUUGUCAACUCACGCUCAGAAGACGUGUGCUUGCUUGCCCCUCCCUGGCUAGCUAGCUAG